GCGGCUUGUCCCGAAUAUCGCGCAUGCGCGCAGUACACAAAAAAGGCCUUAGGAGGAUCGAUUGAAGGUGUUCUAAGGAGGAACGUAGGGCCAGAGAGAUGGCAUCUGCCGUUGACCUGUUGCAUCAGUAGGCGAAUUGCAAAGCGUCGAGAUUGACCGGUUACAAAUGACAAAGAAUUUGUGUACGGGAAUCUCGAACACAACACGCCAGUUUUACUGUCUCUGUCCAGAUAUUUAAGAAGUGGAGCAAGCGAAUCACUCGAUCAUCCUUCCUGCUCAGACUGUGGGAAUGGAUUCACUCGAUCAUUUCAACUGAAGGUACUUCAGCAAGUUCAAACUGGGACAAGGCCAUUCAUCUAUUCUGUGUUUGAGAAGGGAUUCAGUCGGUCUUCCCACCUGUGGACACACCAGUCAGUUCACACUGGGCAGAGGCUGGUCAUCUGCUGAAUUUGUGGGGAAGGAUUCACUCGGUCAUCUGACCUAAUGGCUCACCGGCGAGAUCACACUGGGGAGAGGCCGUUCACCUGCUCGGACUGUGGGAAGGAAUUCACUCGGUCAUCUAAACUGAAAGAACAUCAGCGUGUUCACACUGGAGAGAGGCCGUUCACCUGCUCAGACUGUGGGAAGGGAUUCACUCGGUCAUCUGACCUAAUGGCUCACCAGCGAGUUCACACCGGGGAGCGGCCGUUCACCUGCUCUGACUGUGGGAAGGGAUUCACUUGCUCGUCUCACCUGAAGGUACAUCAGCGAGUUCACACUGGAGAGAGGCCGUUCACCUGCUCAGACUGUGGGAAGGGAUUCACUUUGUCAUCUGAUCUACUGAGACACCAGUCAGUUCACACUGGAGAGAGGCCAUUCACCUGCUCAGACUGUGGGAAGGGAUUCACGCGGUCAUCUUACCUUGUGGUACACCAGCGAAUUCACACUGGAGAGUGGCCGUUCUCCUGCUCAGACUGUGGGAAGGGAUUUACUUGGUCAUCUCAACUGAAGGUACACCAGCGAGUUCACACCGGGGAGAGGCCGUUCACCUGCUCAGACUGUGGGAAGGGAUUCACUUUGUCAUCUCAUCUGAAGGAACAUCAGCGAGUUCACACUGGAGAGAGGCCGUUCACCUGCUCAGACUGUGGGAAGGGAUUUGCUUCAUCAUCUCCACUGAAGGUACAUCAGCGACUUCACACUGGUGAGAGACCUUUCACCUGCUCAGUGUGUCGGAAGGGAUUCACUUUGUCAUCUGAUCUACUGAGACACCAGUCAGUUCACACCGGAGAGUGGCCAUUCACCUGCUCAGACUGUGGGAAGGGAUUCACUUCGUCAUCUAAUCUGAAGGUACACCAGCGAGUUCACACUGGGGGGAGGCAGUCAUCUGCUCAGACUGUGGGAAGGGAUUCACAUCAUCAUCUAAAGUGAAGGUACAUCCGCGAGUUCACACUGGCAAGAGCCGAUUCAGCUGUCAUCUGUCACUCUGUCAUCUCACCUACUGACAUACCAGUCAGGUGACACCGGAGAAAGGCCGUUCACCUGCUCGGACUGCGGGAAGGGAUUCACUUGCUCAUCUAAACUGAAGAUACAUCAGUGAGUUUACACUGGGAGAGGCCGUUCACCUGUUCAGACUGUGGAAAGAGAUUCUCUCAGCCAAAUCAACCAAAUGUGCAUCAUUGAGUUCACACUGGGGAGAGACUGUUCACCUGCUGUGAAUGUGGGAAGCGAUUCACUCAGUCAUCUCACCUUUGGUAACUCUCGCUUCAGCUAGCAGCUUAAUUUAGGGGUUGACAGCCCCCAGCCUGGCCAAACUUAAAAAAUCUCCUUCGGGUGGUUGCUGUGUGAUGUGUCCCCUGUUACAAAUUACUACCCCAAAAUAACAAAUGGUGUGCAGUAUGUGAUUGAACAAUUGAGCUUUAUAAUUUUUACUUUGACUAUCGGGUUAGAAAAGAAAACAAAAAAAAGGGCCCACUCUCUCCAUUCACGUUCUCUCAAAAGACCACGAAAAUCUCUCUUCCAGACUCACAAGAAAGAACAACAUUUCUCUCACUGGAUCACCCCGCACUCCAAAACCCUGUUAUCUCUAGUCAUAACAUAAACCUUAAGGAGGGGAGGAGAAGAUGGUGGCACAACGCAGUGUGCGUGGCCGCUCUGAAUUGAUAUCAUAUUUGUUAAAUAGGGGCCGUGCACAAUCCUGAUUUGAUGGAGACAGACGUGAGAAGCACGGAGGAACAUCUGGAGAAACUUCUGAAAUGCCCGGCUCACUGCCACCGCUACUGUGUGAUCGAGAAUCUACGGAGGGGAAGGCCCAAAAUCCUUGGCUUUGACUAUUGCCUGUUGCCGGGGCUGGGGUCGAAGCGCUCGGCAGAGAUGGUGCUCGGUGUCGGAGGGCUGGUCGGAGGCUUGAAGUUUUUGGACGGACUCAGAGUUGGACUCUGGUCGGGUGCUUCCAGGAUGCUGCAUCGACAAGUUUGCGGCGCUGGAAGCUCAUGGCAGGGAGAGUUUUUCCCUUCAACCGUCUGCGUGAGAUGAUGGGACUUUCAAGAGACUUUGAGACUUUUUUUUACCGUGCCCAUGGUCUGUUCUUCACCAAAUUAUGGUAUUGCUUUGCACUGUUGUAACUAUAUGUUAUAAUGAUGUGGUUUCUGUCAGUUUUUAUUAGUUUUGGUUUGUCUUGUGUUUCUGUGAAAUCAUUCUGGAGGAACAAAUUGUAUCAUUUCUUAAUGCAUACAUUAAGAAAUGAUACAUUCCAGAAUGAGGGGUCACAGUUUGAGGAUAAAGGGGAAGCCUUUUAGGAUCGAGAUUAGGAAAAACUUCUUCACACAGAGAGUGGUGUAUCUGUGGAAUUCUCUGCCACAGGAAACAGUUGAGGCCAGUUCAUUGGCUAUAUUUAAGAGGGAGUUAGAUAUGGCCCUUGUGGCUAAAGAGAUCAGGGGGUAUGGAGGGAAGGCUGGUACAGGGUUCUGAGUUGGAUGAUCAGCCAUGAUCAUACUGAAUGGCGGUGCAGGCUCGAAGGGCCGAAUGGCCUACUCCUGCACCUAUUUUCUAUGUUUCUAUGUUUACCCUGUCUACCUGUGAGGCAACUUUCAGGGAUCUGUGGACAUGUACCCCGAGAUCCCUCUGCUCCUCCACACUACCAAGUAUCCUGCCAUUUACUUAGCACUCUGCCUUGGAGUUUGUCCUUCCAAAGUGUACCACCUCACACUUCUCUGGGUUGAAUUCCAUCUGCCACUUCUCAGCCCACUUCUCCAACCUAUCAAUGUCUCUGCAAUCUUUGACAAUCCUCUACACUAUCUACAACACCACCAACCUUUGUGUCGUCUGCAAACUUGCCAACCCACCCUUCUACUCCCACAUCCAGGUCGUUAAUAAAAAUCAUGAAAAGUAGAGGUCCCAGAACCGAUCCUUGUGGGACACCACUAGUCACAAUCCUCCAAUCUGAAUGUACUCCCUCCACCACGACCCUCUGCCUUCUGCAGGCAAGCCAAUUCUGAAUCCACCUGGCCAAACUUCCCUGGAUCCCAUGCCUUCUGACCUUCUGAAUAAGCCAACUGUGUGGAACCUUGUCAAACGCCUUACUAAAACCAAUAUAGAUCACAUCCACUUCACUACCCUCAUCUAUAUGCCUGGUCACCUCCUCAAAGAACACUAUCAGGCUUGUGAGACAUGAUCUGCCCUUCACAAAGCCAUGCUGACUGUGUCUGAUCAGACCAUGAUUCUCUAAAUGCCCAUAGAACCUAACUCUAAGAAUCUUUUACAACAGUUUUCCCACCACAGACGUAAGGUUCACGUGUCUAUAAUUACCCAGACUAUCGCUGCUAACUUUUUUGAACAAGGGGACAACAUUCGCCUCCCUCCAAUCCUUCGGUACCAUUCCCGUAGACAACGAGGACAUAGAGAUCCUAGCCAGAGGCUCAGCAAUCUCUUCCCUCGCCUCGUGGAGCUUCCUGGGGAAUAUUCCGUAUGGCGCCAGGGAGUUAUCCGUCCUAAUGUAUUUUAAUAACUCCCACACUUCCUCUUCCUUAAUAUCAACAUGCUCCAGGAUAUCAACCUCACUCAUAUUGUCCUCACUGUCAUCAGGUUCCCUCUCACUGGUGGAUACCCAAGAGAAGUAUUCAUUCAGGACCUCGCUCACUUUCACAACCUCAGGGGACAUCUUCCCACCUUUGUCUCUAAUCGGUCCUACCUUCACUCCUGUAAUCCUUUUGUUCUUCACAUAAUUGAAGAAUGCCUUGAGGUUUUCCUUUACCCUACUUGCCAAGGCCUUCUCAUGCCCCCUUAUUGCUCUUCUCAGUCCCUUCUUAAGCUCCUUUCUUGCUUCCCUAUAUUCCUCAAUAGACCCAUCUGAUCCUUGCUUCCCAAACCUCAUGGAUGCUGCCGCCUUCCACCUGACUAGAUUUUCCACCUCACUUGUUCCGCUGGGUUUAAAGAGUCGGUGCUUUUUAAAGCUGUCCUUCCUGGAAUCUGAUCCAUGGCAGAAUAAGCUUUAAUCCAGGGGCAUCAGCAUCUUUCUAUGAAAUGACUUUGUAUUUAAUGUCAAGCAAAGGUGACGAUCAAAAUUUGCACAAUUUAACCUCCAUUGAAGAUCACAUAAAAACAAACACCAGUGCUGUAAAUCCCUUAUUAGGAUAAGUAUUAUUCUGUUACUUGAGGAGUACCCCAUUCAUAUAUCAUUUGAAAAUACUUGGAAAGUAGUCUUGUUUUCAUUUUCCCCUGACUAGUAACAUAGCAUAUCUGUGAGCCUGCAAAGGUCGAACGGAAGCUAUUGAAGCACAGCUCUUCUUGACUGUUAUUAAUCUCUGUUGUUGUUUGUAAUGAGCUUCCAUUAAAGCUCAGAAAUGUAGAAAGAACGGAGGGGCUCUUUGAUUGGCAUUGCUCAUCACAAUACAUUUGAAAGAAAGGUGUUUAAAGCUGUUAAACCUUUGUUUAAAAGUAUAUAGGUUACAUUAAAGCAUAUUUUGUCACAUAAAACACCGUUGUGCAAUGUUCUAUAGACCAUUGCACAAUAAGUGUCCAAGUAAAGAUAUUAUUAGAUUCUCCUGUCGGCACCAUUAAGUCCAGCCACUGAGUACAAGAGGCAGAUGAUUAUGUAACUACAGGUUCCUUAUCAAUUGAGCAGUGAUCAGAUUUAAAUUUGAACGUAUAAAUCACAAAUUUCUUCGGUAAGCAUAACAAAUUACUUUAGCCUCACGAAUGUGUAAACCUGUGCGAUAAACUUCCCAAUCCUCGGUCCGCUUGGAGUGUAACCGCAGCCCGAUGUAAUGAUAACAAUAAAACACAGUGAGUGUUCUUCCCUAACAUCUUGGCUUUUACUGAUAUUCUUGUGAAAAAAAAUCACGGUGGGCGUUGAAUAGGCAUGAAGCCGGCAGCUUGGCCUGCACAGAUGUCACCACCUCCGCUCAGUGAGCUGAACCUCCAGCGUUGCAGUGGCAACA